GGCUGGCACAUUGCUGCUUCAAUGCAUAUGGUUGGCUAGAGGCAUAGCCUUUUGCUGCCGAACAUUUGGCACUUCCUCAGAGCAGAUUCUGGAAGCCCGGCUUCGAGUGCAGAAGUGGUGGGCUGUAAUUUGCCCGCAGAUGGAUCAUCGGCUCAUAGAAAAAGUCGACGCUCUCAAAUGCCGAAUGACGAGACUCGUAUGGAUUCUUUUGACUGCCGGCAGCAUGUUCCGUUUGACGCUACAGCAGCUGAUGCUGGCCAUAGGUCGUGAACGCAUUUCUCCGCACUUUGACCUGCAACUUUUUUCUUUGCGACUGUUGGUUUGGUCGUCAGCCUGAAACCCAACCUCAUCACUCCACGUAGCCUGGAUGUGUUUUAUGUUGCCACUUCCUUGCUGUCGAUCCUCGCCCUUCUGCCAGCUUCAAACAUUAUGGAUGCCAGAGAGUUUAUGAGUCUCAGCACAAAAGCGGAGUUUUUCUUAGCAGCCCUGACCAAGUAUGCUUGGCCUUAUGCCUUCAGCACAUUCGUGCAUUUCCUUUAUGCCAUGAGAUUGACGCGCCUUCAUGCAGACUCAGAGAUGCCUGUGAGUCCACAGUUCAUUGCUCUCUUUUUUCUGCUCUGUUUUGUGGGCAUUGCUGCUACCCGAAGGGUGAUCAUUUACAACAUCAGAUUGAAGAUGGAUCUGACGGAAAGAUCAGUUGAGCUUGGAGCUGUGUCUUCUCUACUGUUGGUAUGCUAUGAUGCAGUCUUGGAACUAGAUGAAUCUUUGACCCUCACAGAGGAUUCGCAUGAUUCGCGACGGCUUUCCUCCAUGUUGUUGCACUCUGGGUCAAGAGUCAGCUUGCCUGGGAUGGCAGACAGGUCAUUCCUGGAUUGUUUUGAUCCAGAAGACCAAGAUCGCAUCAAAGCCCACUUCGCCAAAUCCUCCGAUGAUGCACCUGUCAUGGCCUUGAAUGCAGACAUGCUGGACGCAGAUCAGAAUCGUGUGAAAGUAGAAGUCUUUCACGCUCAAUUCAGAAACUUGUACAACGAGAGACGCUUUUUGAUUGGCGUGAGGGAGAUUCAGGAUGUAGAGCAAGUGGCACCUUUGCUGGAAGAGGGUCCAUUGGUUACCAGGGAUGAGAACCUCGUUGUGGUUUUCGAAGUGCACACCUUUGACAUUUUAUUUUUCAGUCAAGGCAUGAACCAGUUUUGUUCCGAGCUUGGCAUAAACCGGCCUCGCAGCAUCUUGGAUCUUUCCAGCGACCAAAGUCGCUACUCCUUUUGCAAUCGCCUACAAGAAGUGGUGGACUGCGGAGACCAAGCCCAACCUGCCCAGCUGUCGUUCAAUCUUUUAGCUCAUGGUGAGGUUUCAACAUCCUUGUCAGUUGAGCACGAUGAACUCCUGGAUUGCUUGGUGGCAUCCAUAGAAAUUCAUUUACCUCGAGAGGCCCCAGAGUCUCCAUUGACUGAGGCCAAUCUGCAGAGAUUCGGCGCAUCCGAUGGGUUCCGCGGCCUGACGUCCCAACAGCGGACAGUCACGUCCCGCAGCCGUCGCAGUCGCAGUCGCAGUAGUCGCAGCAGGACUUCGAGCCGUCGAGCAAGGCACUCGAGGUCUGCUGGAACUCCCAGAUUGCUCCAACUUUGAGCGGAGUUUCGAAGCAAACUCAGCAUAUCUCGUAUCGAGAAA